AUGAUACGAGUCGUGUCUUCGAAGCCAGUCUUGUUUAAGAAUAGCAAAAAUGGAGAUAAGCUCUUUGUUGUCUGUUUAGCAAACUUGAACACCAAUGAUCGGAUUUGGGGCGCGUUGCAUGCUCGCAAAGAAGCGAACACGAGCAUCUUCACUUCUGUGCUUUCAAUUAGUCCAUCUGUAGAAGAGAACUGUGAUGUUUGCAGCUCCAAGAGAGUUGAGAGCGCCAAAAUGGCAAAUUCGAGGGAGAUUAUCACCUCAUUCGGGCUUGAUGAUUCGCAGAAGGCUGCAGUUUCAAACUGCGUCGCGCUAACAGAAUGCAGGCAUAGGAACAGUGUGAAGCUGAUAUGGGGCCCUCCAGGGACGGGGAAGACAAAGACCAUUUCCUCUUUAGUAUACACAUUAAUGAAGUUGAAGUGCAGGACUGUGACUUGUGCUCCCACUAAUGUUGCUAUUUUGGGAGUGGUGAAGAGGUUGAUGAGUUGUAUGAGUGAGAAACUCGGGCAUGAGGCCUAUGGGUUGGGAGAUGUAGUUUUGUUUGGAAAUAGUCAGAGGAUGAAGAUUGACGAGCAUCAAGAGCUUCGUGAUGUGUUUCUUGAUCUUCGGAUUUCUGAGCUGGGACGCCUCCUUGCUCCUGUCAUCGGGUGGAAGGGCGUUGCAAAUGAAAUGAUCUCCCUCCUUGAGUACCCUCAAGGAGCGUAUGAACGCUACUUGGAGCAAAUUAAAAGGAACAACAACGCAACAGGUCUAUCCCUAGAAGCUGUUUUGAUUGGAUUGUUUAACAAGAAUACACAGAAGCACAAUGACAGCAGCACUAAUGUGUGGACAUUGGAGGAGUUCUUCGAAACUAGAUUCGUUUCUGUUAAAACGCGAUUAGUCAGUUGCAUAACAGGGUUGAUCAAACACUUACCUACUUCUUUGCUACGUUUGGGAAUGCAAGAGAAAAUGACGAGAGCUUCUAAUAUGCUCCAAACACUAGAAACAUUUGUGGAUCACAAGCAGCAAUUUAUGCAAAAUGAAGCUUUCUGCAAGUCCAAAACAAAGUGUUUGGAACUAGUGAAAUCCUUCACUUACAAUUUACCACUCCCAGAAUUGGAAGAAUAUAGUAGCAUCAAGGAGUUUUGUCUCAAAAAUGCUUGCUUAAUCUUCUGCACCGUCUCAAGCUCAGCGAAGCUGCACCACAUCAAGGAAAUGACACCAUUUGAGCUGGUGAUCAUAGAUGAAGCUGCACAGGUCAAGGAAUGUGAGUCUACAAUCCCCCUGCAGCUUCCGGGGCUGCACCACGCCAUACUAGUCGGAGAUGAGAAACAGCUCCCUGCGAUGGUCACGAGCAAGAAGUGCGAAAAGGCGGGAUUCGGGAGAAGCUUAUUCGAGAGGCUUGUGACAUUGGGGCACAGCAAGCAUCUCCUCAAUGUGCAGUACAGAAUGCACCCUUCUAUAAGCUUGUUUCCAAAUCAAGAAUUCUAUGGAAACAAGAUCAAGAAUGGGAGUAAUGUCAAGGAAAGAGGCUAUAACAGAAGCUUCUUUGAGAAAGAAAGCUAUGGCUCAUAUUCAUUCAUCAAUGUAGCAAAUGGGAGAGAGGAAUUCGACAAGAGGCGUAGCCUUAUGAACAAUGCAGAGGUGUCUAUGGUUCUUCUGUUAGUAUCCAAAAUCCAUAAAGAAUGUGUGAAGUCGAAGAAAAGGGUGGGGAUUGGCUGCAUAUCUCCAUACAAAGCUCAAGUAAAUGCGAUGGAGGAGGUGCUAGGGAAGGCCUACAGCAGUGAUGCGGAUGCAGAGUUCUCAGUGAGAGUGAGGUCUGUGGAUGGAUUUCAAGGAGGAGAGGAAGAUGUGAUCAUAAUAUCCACGGUUAGGAGCAACGGGAGGGGCUUGGUUGGGUUUCUUGAUAAUCGGCAGAGGGCUAACGUGGCCUUGACUCGAGCGAGGUACUGUCUGGUAAUAGUAGGUGAUGGUGAGACUCUGUCUAGGAGCUGCUGCGUUUGGCAGAAGCUAGUCGCGGACGCCAAGAGCCGUGGAUGCUACCACAACGCGUACAAGGAACUGACAGGUGAAACUGAUGCAUGCGGUGAUCUAGCCACGAAACUAGCAGCAAUGAUGUUGAGGAAGUGGUGA